UGAGGUUAUGUACAAUUUCUGUCAUUUAUUUAAAAACAAAUUUCCACAUAUUUAUACAAUUUCAGCUAUUAUUCGUAGGUUUUUAAGCGAUAGGAGAUAUAAAGCAAACAAACAAAUUGAUAAAUUAGUUGAAGAACGUGAAAGCUGAUAUUUCAGUAUUUGAGGUUAUGUUACAGUCCAACUCGAAAUCUUGAAAAUUUUUGAUGGCCAACUACAUCAGACGCCCCCAUUCAUCACCCCUGUCAUUCAACUGUGAAAACGCCACCAUCGAAACCUACCGUUGCAAAGACUGUGCUUUCCGAACAGACUUGACGUUUUUGUUCAAACACCACAUUUCCACCUACCAUGGCGUCAAAAAAGAAAACGGAAAUGAAGGAAUUUUCAUCCAGAAGUACGUUUGCGAGAAAUGCGGCUUCGACACACAUUUCCUGAUUAAAUGGCUUCAACACACAAUCGCGUGUUUCAGUGGUGAAGAGAGUUCCAAAAUUUUGAACAGUAGCAGGAAAAGUCUCACCAGAAUGUACAACUGUAAGCAGUGUGGACGCAUUUUCAAGUACAAAAAUUUCGCUAAAAUGCACACAAAUUGCACAACGAAUGAUCAACUGUGGUUUCAGUGUGAAAAGUGUUCGUACAAAUCUAAACAAAAAGGGAAUUUAAAAAGACACAUUUAUUCCCGACAUGUUGAUAUCGAAACUCAGAGUAUCAAAUGGUAUAAGUGUAAAAAGUGUCCAUACAAAUCUAAACACAAAACGUGUUUAAAAACACACAUAAUCGCCCGACAUUUGGAUGCAAAAGACAUUAAUUGGUUCAAGUGUAAAAUAUGCCCAUAUAAAGCUAAACAGAAUUCUGAUUUAACUAAACACAUAAACGCGCGACAUAUGGAUGGGAAGGAUAUUAAAUGGUACGCGUGCCAAUUCUGCCCAUACAAAGGUAAAAAAAACUCUCAUUUAAAAAGUCACGUAAUCGCGCGACAUUUGGACGAAAAAGAUAUGAAAUGGUACGAAUGCAAACAGUGCCCAUAUAAAGCUAAAUACAGUUCAUCUUUAAAAAAGCACAUAAAUGCACACCAUUUAGCAGAACGGGAUACUAAAUGGUACGAAUGCAAAGUUUGCCCAUUUAAAGCAAAACAAAGCUCUUGUUUAAAAAGGCACGUUAAUUCCAUCCAUUUGGACGAAAGUGAUGUCAAGUGGUAUGAAUGUGCAACGUGUCCGUAUAAAGCUAAACAAAAAGCUGCCCUAAAAAGACACAUAAUGAUGCAGCAUUUAAAUGAUGAGGAUAUUAAAUGGUAUAAAUGCAGUGAUUGUUCAUACAAAGCUAAACAAAAAGCGCAUUUGAAGAAACACAUUAAUGCGCGACAUUUCGAUGAGAAAGGUGAUUAAGGAGAUGAUUCAUUUAAAGCUACCACUUUUUUUUUCAAGCAUUCCUUUUCUUGGCGAAUUGAUGUUUGAAGUGAAAAGGAAAAACGGAUUAAAUAAGCUACAGUAAGACAAGUUGAAUUGGAUGCUUGAAAUUACGAUGAUUAAAGUUAAAACAGAUGGACACGUUUCUAGUUUUCGUGUUGACAAAUGGUGAUAUCUGAACAUGAACCAGAGUUUAUUUUGUUUACAAAU